AGACUGACUGAACGCAAGAGAACCGCGAGGUUUGGCCAUGGCGACUACCACUCCCACCCAACUCCUGUCCUCUCUGCUUCAGUCUCAAAUUACCAAAAAGCCCUUCCUUCUUCCUCCGGCGACAACGUCGACGACCCGCCAUCGCCAUGGAUUCUCCGUACGGUCACCUUCGUAUCUCUCGUUUCGUCCUCUAGUCUCAGCUUUGGCUGCUUCUCCGACUGUCGGCGUCGACAAACCGGCGACCUCCGAGAAAUCCUCCAAGACGCUGCCUUUUCGAGUGGGACACGGCUUCGAUCUACAUCGCCUGGAGCCUGGGUAUCCUCUGAUCAUCGGCGGAAUCGAUAUCCCUCACGACAGGGGUUGCGAGGCUCAUUCCGAUGGGGAUGUGUUACUUCACUGUGUUGUCGAUGCGAUUCUGGGUGCUUUGGGGCUUCCCGACAUCGGUCAGUUAUUUCCCGAUUCUGAUCCCAAAUGGAAAGGAGUUGCAUCAUCGGUUUUCAUCAGAGAAGCUGUAAGAAUGAUGCAUGAGGCGGGCUACGAGAUUGGGAACUUGGACGCCACUUUGAUUCUUCAGAGACCGAAGCUGAGUCCGUACAAGGAGACAAUCAGAUCCAAUCUCUCCCAGCUCCUUGGAACAGACCCUUGUGUUGUGAACUUAAAAGCCAAAACCCAUGAAAAAGUUGACAGCCUCGGAGAAAACAGAAGCAUUGCAGCUCACACUGUUGUUCUCCUCAUGAACAAAAGUUGAGUCACAGCUCUUGAACUCUUUACCAAUUUCCUUUUAGGGCAAGAACUCAAUACAUACAUGAUACACCUGAUAUUUACAAAUAUACAGCUUCUCUGUCAUGUACCAAAAAAAAAACUGAAAAUCAAGAUGCAUCAUACAGAUAUUGUCGGGAAUAUAAUAAAUGGAAUUGGAAUUAUGGUUUUGGUUAA